AUGGCUCGGAGGUCCACGAUCCGAGCGUUCGUCGGUCUUGCCCUCGCGCUUACCGCGUCGGCACUCGUGAUCGAUCCCACAGACCCCUCGUCCCUAGGGCAACUGGAGGCGAUGCAGGAGCUGAAGCUCGGCUUCGAGGGGAGCAAGCCCUCUGCGCUCGCCACGUGGACCACCAGCGACCCUGUGACGGCACGUGGGUCGGCGUCACGUGCGCGCGGCCCGGCGUCAUCACUAGACUGUAACGAUUUGUGCGACAUGGGCAUCGCAGGCGCGUUGUCGCCGUUCAUCGGCAACCUCACGGGGCUGCUGCAGCUGCGGCUGUGCAACAACCAGAUCGCCGGACAGAUCCCUCCCGAGCUCGGCAAGCUGUACUCGGUACAAGAAGUCGAGCUACAGAACAAUAAAUUCACGGGCGAGCUGCCUACCGAGUUGGGCGGCAUGGCGACGUGCACGCACCUUUACCUCUUCGGAAACAAUCUCUCCGGCGCCAUCCCUGCCGCUCUUAAAGCCGUCACUUACCUCAAGCUGGGUCCUGGAAAUCGUUUUUGCAGCACGGUUCCCGGCUCGCUGUGCGCUGGCGCGUCGGCGGAGCCGCUCCCCGCAACUCCCGCUCCGGUGGAGGACCCCGCGGAUGAGGCGGGAAGCCUCCCUCCGCUGAUCACCGCGCCGCUCCCCAACUGUCCGCCGUGUGCGGGGGACGAUCUGCCCGGGCUCGAGGACGGGUGCACGUGCGCCAAGCCGUCGCUGCUCAAGAUUCGUUUCAAGGACCUGGACUUCGCGGCUUAUAACGCGAAUCAGGAGGACGUGCUGCUCGGCGAGCUGUCCCGCGCGCUGCAGCUGGAGCCACGUCAGCUGAUGGUGAUCGGGCGCGAGCCGGGCAGCGUGAUCCUGUACCUGGCGGUGCUGCCCGUGAACGGGUCGGCGCUGGACGCGCGGCAGGAGGCGAAGAUAGUGGACGCCGUCACGGGCCACCGCGUGAUUCUAUCCAAGGCCUUCAAAGACUACGAAGUGCUCGGAGCGCCCGGCCUCGCGUUCAAGCCGUCGCAAGAGUCGCAGAACGCCGACGCCGAGUCGUCUUCCGCGUCUUCCGGCGCAUCUUCCGGCCUCAGCACCGGAGCCAUCAUCGGCAUCGUUGUCGCGUCGCUCGCGGCCGCGCUGGUUAUCGCGGCGCUCUUCUGCCAGCUGCUGACGUGGCGCCGCGACAGGAACGCCGCGCGCCGAGCUGACGUGGAGAACUCGCGGAUGGCCAAGGUGCUGACGGGUAGCAUCGAGGCGCCGUACAGGCCGCACGGGAAGAACUCCAUCUGGGGAAGGUGGGAUUUGCCACGUGGCAGCCCCUUUCCGCCCGUCAAGCCGUCGAUCUCAGGAGGGAACUCGUUUAACGAGCCCGCGCUCUCCUUCCGCAGCGGCAUCCCCGGCACCCCCGCCGGGGCGCACGCGAAUGGCUGCGGCGACAGCGAUAUCCACGCGGCGACGCAGGGGUAUUCGAAGGCGAACUUGAUCGGCGACCGCGGGCACGGGCGCAUGUACAAGGCGGACUUCUCGAGCAAGGCGCGCGUGCAGAUGGCGGUGCUGCUCGAGCUCUCCGGGGAGAAGCUCGACGAGGCGGAAUUCGCGGCGGCGGUCAAGGCGCUGGGGGACCUGUGCGUGCAGUCGAACCGCCUCGUGGCGAUCAUGGCGUAUUGCGCGGAUAAGGGCCAGCGGUGGGUGGCCUAUGAGUAUCUGCCAGGUGGCAGCCUCAAGGACCACCUGCACGGGGACCUGCGCUUCGAGCGCGCGCUGACGUGGCAGAAGCGCGUGCAGAUCGCGGUCGACGUGGCCGCGGCACUGGAGUUUUUACAUGAACAGUGCGAGCCGCUCGUGAUUCACCGCGACGUGUCGGCCGACAACGUGGUGCUGGACGGCGAGCUGCGCGCGAAGAUUAAAGACGUCGGCAUCCACACGCUCGUGCGCGAUUGGUCGGAGGGCCGCGCCGUGUCGCCGUCCGUGCUGGGGUCCAUGGGGUACCAGGCGCCCGAGUUCCGCGUGAGCGGCGAGCAGACGGCGCGGUCCGACGUGUUCAGCUUCGGCGUGGUGCUGCUGGAGCUGCUGACCGGCCGGAAGCCCGUUGACUCGUCGCGACCCAAGGGGCAGCAGUCGCUGCUGACGUGGGUGCUGCCGCACCUGGAGAACAGGCUCGCCGUGACGAGCCUGGUGGACCCGUACCUGCGGCUCAACUCGACGCUCGACCCCAAGUCGCUGCACCUGUUCGCGCUGGUGGCUGCGCACUGCCUGCAGCACGAGCCCGAGGACCGCCCGCGCAUGGCGGAGGUGCACAGCCAGCUGCAGCACCUGCUGCUCUCGCUCUCCCCCGACGGCCUCCCCUCCCCCAUCUCCCCCAACGCGGCCUCCGCCUCCCCCCUCUCUCCCGCCUCCCCCGCCUCCCCCAUGUCCCCCAUCCCCAACCUCACCGCCGCGUCCCCCUGCACCCACGCUCCGAGCCCUGAUGCGGAGAACGAGAGCUGCUCGGUGGCGGAUUCAGGCACCACGAGUGGCACGCACGUGUCACACUCAGCACGGCGCUACGACCAGAAACGCUGGGUGCAGGUUACCCCCGGCCCAAACACUGCCGUGAAGACCCACGCUAGUGCCGUGACUCCCGCUGCUGAUGCCGCUGCUGGUGUGGCGAAUGUGCGCUCACCACUUGCGCCGGUGAUCAACCUGUGA